GGUUCCAAUCGAGCAAGAUGCCCUCUAACGCGGAAGGCUACGCGUUGGUCGCAAAAAUGGGACUGACAAAUCUAAAGAUUGUUAUACAAUUAUUGAAAACUAUUAACUUUAAGGAGACAGCUACUUGCCUCGGCACUGAAAACGGAUUGAGAAUCACGGUCGAGGACGCGAAAUGUAUGCAGGCCACUGCGUACAUCCCGACUACAGUUUUCGACGAGUUCGAAUUGAAGGAGGACGUGACGUUUUCAUUAAGUUUGAAUAUACUGGUGGAGUGCCUUUGUAUGUUCUGGCCUACCUCGCAAGAAGACGCCGUUGCGGUGCAAAUGUUUUACAAAGGCACAGGCUAUCCCGUAAGUGUUAUCAUCGAAGAAGACGGAGUCAUAACAGACUGCUCGUUGAAAACCUUAGAAGUAGACGCAUUGUUGGACUUUCAUCUCGAUAACGUUGUAAAUAAAGUAGUAUUAAAAACGGAAUUACUGAAGGAUGUCAUGGCAGAGUUAGAUCCAACUAGCGAACUGGUCGAGUUGCGUUUAUCGCCGGAGGAGCCCUUCUUCAGAUUCAGCACGGAGGGCCUAGGCGGCAUUUGCCACAUCGAUCUGCCGCACGACAGCGAUUUAAUCGAAACUUUUCAAUGUACGUCAACGGCAGUAUCCAAUUUCAAAUUGGUGCAUAUUAAACCGGCGAUGAAAGCGUUAUCGUGCGCCAACAAGGUUUCCCUGAGAACCAAUAACGUCGGCCUAUUGUGUUUUCAGUACAUGGUUCAAACCGAAAAUGGACACACCUGUUUCAUAGAAUAUUACAUUUCUCCAUUAAUUGAUAUGGACGUUUAGUGAUAAACGGUCAAACAAUGACGAUACGGACGUAUCAAGUCAGAAGUUAAUAUAUGCUCAGAUGUACAAAGGUUAUUUUAAGAAGCAAAUAUAUUUUGUACGUAUUUUCACCUA